AUGCCAGCUACUGAGACUCAAAAUGCUAAUGAAGUUCAGUCCAUUCAGUCGGACGUGAAUGAUAAACAAGUGUCUAUACCUUCAAAGGCAGUCAUAAAAGCUAGUUUACCAAAGACUACUUCACCUACUUCUCCAGUUAAUAACAAGAAGAAUGGCACGUCUUCUAAGAAAAAGUCGCUUGAUCCUCAAGAACUUAAUAAUAUGAUUCAAAAUAAAAUUUCUCAACUCGAAACUGAAUCGUCGAUUGAAGACGAAGAAGAAAAAUCCAUUGCAAAGGCUGUUAAAAAGGCAAGCAAGGAAAUGAAAGAAAUUAUCAAUUCUCAAAAUGAUGAUCAGAUUGAGAAAUUUGAUACAAUACAACAAAGAUACAUGGAAUUGUUUCAAGAUAUGAAACGGCUUGAACGUGACUAUGCUAAAAUGAAGAAACGUAAUGAACAACUACAAAAAGAAAAAGAUGCAGCGAAAAGUGAUUUGUCAAAAACAAGUUCUUUAAAACAUAAAUUAGAAAAUAUUUGUCGUGAAUUACAAAAGGAGAAUAAACGUAUUAAGGAAGAAAGUAAACGUUUAGCUGCAAGUGAACAGCAAAAGCGGGAAGAAUUGUCUAGUAAAUUUGAAAAUACUAUUUGGGAAAUCAAGUCUAAAAUGGAAGAAGACACCGAUGAAAAAAAAAAAGCGUUGAAAGAUAAGUUCCGUAGUUUUUUAGAACAAUAUGAGCUCCGGGAAAAGCAUUUUAAUAGCGUUGUUCGGUCCAAGGAUCUGGAAUUGCAAUUAUAUGAAGCAAAGCUACAACAACAAAAACAAUUGACUGAACAAGAGACAGUUAAAGUCAAUUCUUUGAAAAGUCAGGUGGAAACAUUUACUAAAACUGAGAUCGAGUUACGUAAACAACUCAACAUUUAUGUUGAUAAAUUUAAACAAGUGGAAGAGACUUUAAAUAAAAGUAAUGAGCUUUUUAUGACUUUCCGUAAAGAAAUGGAACAGAUGACCAAAAAAACGAAGAAACUUGAAAAGGAAAAUUCGGCAAUAAAAGGAAAAUGCGAUACGAUGAAUAAAAAUAUCUUAGAAAUGGCAGAAGAGCGAACUAGAGAUCAAAAGAUUAUUGAUGAUGCAAUGAAAAAACAAGCAAAAUUAGAAAAUUUGUGUAGAGCCUUACAGGUAUCAUUUGAU